AGAGUGUUACAAUCAAAUCUAUCUCAUCUUCCCAAUGGAACUUAAAACUUUGGUAUUCAUCAUCACCAUCUCUAUCACCGCUCCACUUCCAUCGCUCUCUUCUCAAACCCCAUCCAACAAAACAGCACCAACACUAAGUUCUUCUCAAUACAAAAGCCUAACCCGCAACACCAUUCAACAGCAGUUUCUCCGACCACACAACGCCUUACGAGCCAAGCUUUAUCUCCCUCCUCUCAAAUGGAGCAACAGUCUCGCCCGCUAUGCCACCCGGUGGGCAAGAACCCGCCGUGGAGACUGCAACCUUAUCCACUCCGGUGGACCUUAUGGGGAGAAUCUCUUUUGGGGAAGUGGAAAAGGGUGGACCCCAAAGGACGCGGUGGUUGCGUGGGCUUCGGAGAGGAAAUUCUAUGACCGGAGGACUUACCGAUGUAAGGCGAAUGGUGACUGCUUGCAUUACACACAGCUUGUGUGGAAGAAGAGUUUGAGGAUUGGAUGUGCAACUGUGUUUUGCAUGAGCGGUGACACUUUUAUCAUUUGUAAUUAUGAUCCUCCGGGUAACAUUGUCGGACAACCACCCUUUUGAAUGUUGUGCACACCUCAUUUAAAAUUUUCUUUAUGUUUUCUGAAAACAUG